UCACGUAUGGAUAUUUAUGUCUUUGCAACCCCAUACUGUGUGACAUGGGACUACUAUUUUUUAUCUCGUGAGCACACAUUUGAGUUUAAAGAGUGGGAAGGAAAAGCCGAGUUUGAAUAUGUGAAAAGUAGAGGAGUGUCAAUCUUUCCAAUGCAAGCCGGGAUGCUAAGGACCCUUCAAGCACUGUGGGACGUGUUUCCUUUGUUUUCAAAUGCCGGGUAGGGGGAGAAAUCUAACAUUGGCUUUCUCAAGAAGCAUAUGGGAGCUUCAUUUGAGCAACGUCCCCAGCCCUGGGUUACAAACAUCAGCAUUGAUGAUAUCCACUCUGGAGAUUUUCUUGCAAUUUCAAAAAUUCGUGGGAGGUGGGGUGGUUUUGAGACUCUGCAGAAAUGGGUCAGUGGAGCAUAUGCUGGUCACACAGCUAUGUGCUUAAAGGAUUCUGAAGGAAAGCGAUGGGUUGGUGAAUCUGGACAUGAUAAUGAACAGGUUGCUUCUGUUAUGACAGUAUGGAAACAAAUGCAACCAGCCUAUGCUGCGAACAUGUGGAAUGAAGCACUCAACAAGCAACUAGGAAUAGAGGUACCAUCCCAUUCAAAUUGCAAUUUACUUUAUGGCGACCUUACAAUUGUGUUGCACACAGGGCUUGGAUCUUCCUGAUCUAAUAGUUGAAAGGGAAAUGAUGGGGCCAUCUUUUGCUGAACUGCUGACAAUUCCAAAGCAAGAUGAUUGGGUAUACAGUGAUGGGAAGUCUGCCUCAUGU